AUUUACCUGCCUCCUAGUUGAUGGGGUUCAGAGCUAAGAUGGCGGACUAAAUAAAGAUGGAGGACUGGAGUUUCCUUGGAGGCGUUCUGGAGGAAGUUCACAUCCACUUCACUGUGAUUGGAAAGACCUGGCUCACCACCCUGUUCAUAUUUCGUAUGCUUGUUCUGAGUGUAGCAGCUGAAAAUGUUUGGAAUGAUGAGCAGUCUGGCUUCAUCUGUAACACAGAACAACUUGGCUGCAGAAAUGGAUGCCAUGACCAGGCUUUUCCUAUCUCCCUCAUUAGAUCCUGGGCUCUGCAGGUGAUUUUCGUGUCUUCGCCAUCCCUGGUCUACGUGGCCCAUGCUUUGUACCGACUGAGAGUUCUGGAGAAAGAGAGACCGAAGGAGGAAGCUCAACUGGGAGGAGAACUGAAAGGGGUUGAGUCUGCUAUGCCUGGGGAUCAUCGGAGGAGAUUGGAGCAAGCACUUUGUCAGCUGCAGCAAAGGAAACUUAAUAAAGCUCCACUCAGGGGAACCUGGCUUUGCACCUAUGUGAUACACAUUUUCACUCGCUCUGUUCUUGAAAUUGGGUUUAUGAUUGGACAGUACCUUUUAUAUGGAUUUCAUUUAGAGUCUCUAUUUAAAUGCCAAGGCUACCCAUGUCCAAAUAUAAUUGACUGUUUUGUCUCAAGUUCAACAGAAAAGACAAUAUUCCUAUUAUUUGUGCAAUCCAUAGCCAUCGUUUCACUUUUCUUAAACGUUCUAGAAAUUUUCCACCUAGGCUUUAAAAAGAUUAAGAGAGGGCUCUGGGGACAAUAUAAAUUGAAGGAUGAGCAUAAUGAAUUCUAUUCAAACAGGUCAAGACAAAAUCUUGCCAAAUAUCAGAGCACAGCUGCAAAUUCACUGAAGCGACUCUCUUCUGCACCUGGUUAUAAUCUGAUAGUGGAAAAGCAAGCACACGCAACAGUGCAUCCUAGUUCAAACUGCUCUGCAUUUCAGGCAGGUCCUGAUAAUCACAACAGAAAUGAUGAGAAAUGCAUUUUGGAUGAACAGGAAACUAUUUCUAAUGAGAUGUGCACAUUUAGUACUACCUGUAGUGAUAUUCAAAGCAUCAGCUCAAGCACUAAUGAAAACACUCAUAAAAAAUCAGGAAAAGAAGUUAAUGGUAAACAGUAAGGAAAAGAAGAAAAGAAAAGAAAAGAAACUGAUGGCAAAAACAGCAAAAGGAACCAGUACCCUACAGGUCACUGUUCUAGUCCAGGUGUUGCUAUAGAUCUGGACAACCACAUAGGGCAGUCACUCCAAACAGCUUUCUUGUCAGCUAAUUGCGACAGGAAACCAAGGUGGCUUCCUGCUACAUGGAGUCCCUCUACAGAAGAUGAAAAUUGGGGGUCACCUCCUAAAGGUAAUCUCAAGGGCUAGUUCAGAGAAAGUACAGUCAGAACACUUUCUCCUUUACAGGGAGAAUUCCAACCACUUGACACUCCAGACACUCCUAAUUCUUUUGGAGCAUUGUCCUCUGGAUCCAAGUUGGUCAGAACCUGCAAUAAUCCUACUGCUUGUCCUCCAAAUCAGUUAGUGUUGCUGACAAGCAAUCUCAUUAGUAGGCGGGCUCCCACAGACCUUCAGAUCUGAACAGCUGUUGGCUUUUAGACAUUUUGCCUAUUAUCACAGAAGUAGCCUAGUAAUAGUGGAACACAGACAAAGCAGAUAAGGGCAGCUCUAAAGACCAGGUGUUAAAAUGUGCAAUUGCAAACCCAUUUCAAAAAGGAAAAACAGCUCUAAUUCUGAAUUGUGAAGGGGUAGUUUCGAAAACAAUGAUAUAGAGUUACCAAAUCAGGAUUACUUUUUCACAGGUCCACUUCAGAAUUUGUGAAAACCGAGUUUGGGGAAAUUAUAUGUUCAGAAUUGAGGCUAAAUGGAUUGGAAUCGAGUUUUUCCUUGAAGGGACCACAGUACUUCGGAGAUUGUUCUUAAUGUAUAUAAUUACUCCUUUUAAUUACUGAUCUUUUAUUUGUGGACACUGGUUAAAUUUUGUUUGCUCCUGGGACUUAGUUUCCUUACAGAUUGCAACUUAAUGUGUCAUGAGUAUAAUCUUAA